GCUAACGGGGUUGGCACAUAUGGCCAUCGCCUUGGUUGAGUUUUUUUUUGUAGUUUCCUUUGUUUACCUCAGUUCAUGCGAUAUGCGGUUAAAACGCUCUCGCUGACUAAGCUCGUUAACAUUUUCUCCUCGCGCUCCUCUCACCUUGAUGAGAAGUCAGAAGAAUGAUCGCAUCCCUGUCUAAAGGAAAUCUGCUUGACGUGCUGCAGGAGGGUCCCAAUGAGCAACUGGCUGCCUAUGUGUCUUGGGUUAAUGCACAGCUGAGAAAGAAGCCUGAACUGAAACCUGUGAGUGAUCUACGACAGGAUCUCAGAGAUGGUGUGGUUCUAGCACACCUCAUUGAGAUAGUGGCUGGUGAGCUGCUGGAUGGCCUUCAUUAUGUGCCACGUGACGACCAGGAGAGGAAGCAGAAUGUGGAGAAGGUUCUGCAGUUUGUGUCAUCCAAACGGAUCAGAAUGCCUCAGACAUCUGCCAGGGACAUUGUGGAAGGGAACCUCAAAUCCGCCAUGAGGCUCAUCCUCGCUCUAGCUGCACAUUUUAAACCCUCCGCAUCAGCCAGUCACAGAGCUGGAGCUGGCUUAGGCAGGAGUUCCACUGGCUCCUCGACCAAUCACAGGCCUCAUUCCACCAUGGCCAUGGCCCAGAAUGCAGCAGCAGCAUUGGCAGCAGCCAGGCAGGAUGCCUCUCGCCCUGGCCGCUCUGUUUUUCAUCUAAGGCAAGAAUGGAGUCGUUGCUGCAGUGGUGAGGAGGAUGGUGAGAACCCCUGCUGGAGUGUCCGGGAAUUGGUUCAGCAGUACGAGGGGCAGAAAGAGACAUUUGAAGAGGAGACAGGAGCAAGAUCUACUGGCCUCAGUUCACCGAGCCCCACCCACAGUCCCCAAGACUCUGUCAGCCUAUCAGACAUGAAGGCAGGACUAUUAGACACCUUGUCCAGGGAGAAAACUAUUAAGUCAGAGGACACAGUGAAAUUGGCCCUGUAUGACCAGGCCAUUGUCUCGGGGCAUGAUGGUCUAGCUGGUGGCUGCACCUGGGAGGACAAACUGUGUGAGCAGCAGGAGCAGCUGGAGAGGGAGAUGCAGGAGGCACGGAAAAUGUUGUCUAGCCUACAGGCCCUCCUUCUCCACGGUUCAUUACCUGAGGAUGAGCAGGAGGUGUUGCUCAGUCUGGGUGAGGGGGUUGAAAAUGCGGAGCAGCAACUGGUUGUAAUACGAAGUCGCCUGGACCAGAGCAUGGCGGAGAGUCAAGAACUAAAGAGGGAGCUGUUGAGGUUCAAACAGGAGGCUCGCAACCUGCAAGGAGUGAAAGAUGCUCUUCAGCAGCGUAUGGCUGUGCAGGAGUCCUCAGUCCUGCAGCUCAAACAGGAACUCCUGCGCACCAGUAUGGCCAAAGAUGAGCUGGCGGGACAAAGUGCCGAGCUACAGAGGAAGCUAGAGGAGAGGAACAGACUUCUCAGCGAAUAUAAGAAAGAACUGGGCCAAAAGGAUCGACUUCUGCAGCAGCAACAGCUGAAGCUGGAUGAGGCACUGCGCAAGCUGACAGACAGCAGCAGCCAGCAGGCUUGCCUGCAGAGAGAGCUGGAACACAAGGAGAGUAUUCUCAAAGAGAUAAUGAGCCAUGAGACAGAGGAGCUUUCUGGCUCGCAAAACAAUGGCUACUCACACCCACCCAUCACAACAUCAAAACCACACCAUGGGGCGGAGGAGCUGCAGUUAGUAAGAGAUGCUCUGCGUAGUCUGAGGAACAGCUUUGGAGGUCACGACCCUCAGCAUCACACUCUGGACACCCUUGAGCAAGGUGUGGCCAGCCUGAUGGAUCGCCUCUAUGACCUGGAAGCACGCCACAAAAAGGAGAGGAGGACCCGAGGCAAAUCUCCAGGACAUAAAGCAUCUCAUUCAGAUCGAGACUCCUGGCCUCCUACUUCAAAAAUGGCUCAUUCUCAGAGCAGCCCUGCGUUAAACUCUUCAGCAUGCACCAAAGUCCUGUACUUUACUGACUGUUCCCUCACGCCAUUCAUGAUCAACAUCCCCAAGAGGCUUGGGGAGGUCACCCUGCGAGACUUCAAGGCUGCUGUAGAUCGGGAAGGCAAUUAUCGGUACCAUUUUAAAGCGCUGGAUCCAGAGUUCGGCACUGUGAAGGAAGAGGUGUUCCAGGAUGAGGCAGUGGUGCCUGGCUGGGAAGGGAAGAUCGUAGCCUGGGUAGAAGAGGAUCAUGGGCAAAGAGGGACCUAACACAAGUCAGCAAGAAGCUGUCAAAGGAAAGAGAGACAUCUGUGCCAAAAUGAAAUAACAUUGAUUUGUAACUCAAGUGUACAGAGGAUGGAGCUUUAGUGCCCUAAAAAGUCCCACCCUCCUUUUCUCUAUCCUGCAUGAGCUGAACAGCUGAAUGCACCUGAAAGGACUUGGAGGAUCAUCAUAAGGAUCACCAGAAAUGAUAGAGUCCCAUCUUCUGUCCUGUCCAGACCAGUAUUACUCAAACAUAUACAGAGGAUGGGAGAACAGGAUUUCUGAUCUCUUUUAGAGGUCUUGCCAUAGAACGGACACCCAUUCCAAUAAACGCUUUACGAGCAAACAAACUCUUCACUGUGAUGGAGGAGCCUUUUGUUUGUUACUGUAAUGAGACGCUGGAUUUUUCAGUUCACCUGCUUUAAAGUAGGUUCCGCCAGAGUACUUUUUUGUUUGUUUUGAUGAACCAAAAUUGAAAUCAUUUUGCAGUAAAAAGAGACCAGUUCGGUAAUCUUGACUGUCAAGAGUAUUUGUGUGAAUGUGGUUAUGAAUCUUAAGAAAGCAGCAGUAAAAGUAUGUGAGUAUAGAGCAGAAAGGAGUUUGAAGUUUUUUAUCUUAGAGAAAGAGUUUCCCUAAAAUAUACGUUAGACAUUCUUUAUGAAGUUAUGCAAAAAAAAAAAAAAAAGAGGGUAAAUCAGUAAAGGACCCAAAGUGUUUUGCUUAUUUGAUAUAAGUGAAAGUGACGUGACAUGUGGCCAAGUAUGGUGACCCAUA